UCAUUCCUCAUUGUCUACCCACCGGGAGGUGUUCCAUGUUGAACCGUCUUGUUUAUUUCCGUCCAGCAACGGAAGUAGUCAGGUGGUAACGUUUGGAGGUGACCGAAUGGUUGCUUUGUGAUUUUCUCGUCGUUUUAAGUCUUUAUUUUAUUGAUAAAAGGAAAGAGAGUUCUCCAUAAACAUGGGGUCCCAUCUUGUGCGGAGUUAUAUCACUCAGCCGGACACAACACCCGACCCUACACAACCUUUCAAGUCUGACCCAAAGCUCGGCUUCGAUGACAGGGAAGAGAGAGAAAUGGUGGCCACUCAGGAGCAGAUGAACCUGGCGAUGCUGAACGUUAACCAGCGCGACUACUGCGCGCAUCACCUGCUGAAGCUGAUGAAGUGCAAGCGCGACAACUGGCCCAACUUCCUGGCCUGCAAACACGAGCGCCACGACUGGGACUAUUGCCAGCAUGAGGACUAUGUGAUGCGUAUGAAGGAGUAUGAGCGUGAGAGGAGACUCCGCCUGAGGCAGAAGAGGAUCGAGGCCCAGGCUGCAUAAAUUCACACACAUACUAACACACACACUCAAACACACUCUCACACAUACCUGGACGUGUUUUACUGUCGUUCGCCCUGUACAUACCUGCUCUAUAAAAUAAACAUUAUAUGUAUGGUGAGCCUUGGAA